AUGACGACAGCUGCCAGAUCGUCGAAUCGUGUCCGCGCUUUUGGGGAGCUUCUCGGUAAGCUCUUGUGCUUUUCAGCACAGAGGCACGAGAAGGUGAAACUCCAGCUCCACAAGCUCCUCUCCUUGCCCAGAAAAUGCACUGCUCUCAGGAGCUUCUUCUCGGCAAGCUCAUGCUCGGAAAACUUCAGCUCAACUUGGCUCCAGCAAUCUCCAAGCAGUCGAGAAGGUUUAGGUGGUGGGACGGGUUCUCCUUUUUGCGAACCGUCGCAAGUUCCAGGAUUGCUGUGCCUGUACUUGCGAUUCCCGGAAUGA